UCAGCAGGACCCAAAUGUUGAAGAUGUGCUCUCAUGCAUGUUUCUACAUAUACGAGUAAUCCAUAUUUAUGCUCAUUUUGCAGAUAAGGUCGCAGACCUUAGAUGAGCUUAUCCAGUUUGAUCCCCCUGAGAUCGGAUUCCCUUUCUUGCCAAACAAGACCCUGAUGUCCUCUGUUUCUAUAGUCAACAUUACGGAUUCCUACGUUGCUUUCAAUGCCAGCAUAUGUGAUAAAGUGGUGUAUAGUAUGCAACCAGACAAAGGAAUUCUGUCACCACGGUCCAGUAAAAAAUUAUUGGUGGUAAGGUCGCCAAUGGAAAUGGAACAACAAGACAUGCAGUGCAAUGACAAGCUCUUUAUGUGGAACCGCGUGGUGACUGAAGGUGUCGAAGCCAGCGACAUUGUUGAUUACUUAGGUGAUGAUGAACGUAAAAAGUUGCCCAUUGUUCUUAACAAGACAAGCCCACCAUGUACCUCAGAGGAGCUGAUCCGAUUUGACCCACCUGAGCUUUGCUUCCCAUUCAUGCCAAACAAGACAAUGGUGUGCUCCAUUAAUAUGGUCAACAAUACAGAGUACUCUGUCGGUUUUGGUAAUUAUAUCAACAAAGAAACUUUGGCAUCAUACUACACAAAACCGCAGAGAGGAAUCAUGCCACCAAGAUCUACUCAAAGACUUGUAGUAAGAAGGGUACUAAAGAAAAAUGAACUAGGAGAAGCUAUACAGGGGGAAGACAAGUUCUUUAUUGGGAACAUGAUUGUGACAAAAGGCGCCGAAGCCAGUGACCUCACUGAUUUAGUGUUUGAUAAAGGCAAUACGCAGUUGCCCAUAGUCUUUGAAAAGAUAAGCUCAUUAAGCACCUUCGACGAAUUGAUUCAGUUCGAUCCUCCCCAACUCCGCUUCCCGUUCAUGCCAACCAAGAGGGUGCUUAUGAUGUGCUCAAUUAAAAUAAUCAAUGUUACUGAUCACCGUGUAGGUUUCAACAAUUGGUACCGGAAGAGCAAUUCAGCAUGCUACAUCACAACUCCAAUCCGAGGAAUCCUGGCACCACGCUCCACACAAGAACUCAAGGUAAUAAGGGUACCAAAGGAAAAUGAAUCACAUGACAUGUCGUGCACAGAUGUGGUUGGUGUGUGGAAUGGCGUUGUGACUGAAGGCAUCGAGGAGACAGAUCUAUAUGGUUAUAUAAGUGAUGAAGAGAGUCAGCAGUUUCCCAUAGUUUAUACGAAG